CCCCCCCGGUGCCCCCCAGGUGAUGCUAGUCAAACGAUCUCCUGUUUCUUUCAUAAUUCACAUUAAAGAAAAACAACAAAAAAAAAGAGUCACAAUUGACAUCAUCUGCCCUUUUCAUCUGUUUCCGUCCAGCGCAGCUUCCUUUGACAAUGCACAACUCAAGUGUCAUCUCAGCCGUGGUGACCAUUGAUCUGUCGGAACGUCCGGAUUUCACCAUCAUCGUGCCUCCAGAUUUGACGGGGCCGUCAACAACUGCCUCACAGUACAGUGACGGAACGAUUGAACAAGUUUCGACCUCGUCGGCAAGCAGCAAGGGUUCCAGAGCAAGUGUGGGAUCGAAGUAUAGGAUUGCUGUCCCGGCAACUGGAUCAGUGACGCUGAUGCUAUCUUACCGACCAGCAAAGUCAGGGAAUGCAUCAUUCGAACUCCAUCUGUCAGUACUUGGAGCUUCUGACGACCAGCAGCUCAGGAGAUUGGUUCUGGCGACAGGAUUACACCCCCGUCUUCUUCUUUCAACAACAGUUUUGUCUUUUGGAGACAGGAUUCUUGUGAAUGAUAGAGUCAAGAAGAAGAUUCAGUACACGUUAGACCUUACUGUUACAAACAACAAUGCGAAAACCAUGCAGUGGAGCCUUGGUUUAGAAAAGGUCUACGACAUGAAGGGGGUGUUUCAUUUGGAGCCAAGCGAGGGGCGACUGCUGCCGGACGAGUCUGCGAAAGUUCGAGCCUUCUUCAUGCCCAAGGAAAGCGGCACAUUUAGGUGCACAGUGCCCCUGUAUCUUGAUGGUGACACCAAGUCCCCUUACGUCGACCUGGAAAUCAUUGGCAUAGGUGUAUAUCCUAAGCUGCGAUUCUCUACACGGGAGGUCGUUCUCCCUGCAGUCCCAUUAGGCGUUACAUCACACGCGAAGUUCUACAUCAUCAAUCAGGGUUACGACAACUUACAGCUCAAGUACCGACUUCCGGUGGAUGCCGCUAAAGCCCCUCUUCAAGCCGAUUUUCCGGAUGGUAUGAUGAUAGGUUACGCAAGGGAGAAAUUGCCGGUGGAGAUGAAGUUUGUCGCAAAGCGGCCGAUGUCAUUCACUUCCUACAUAGAGUUUCUCGACGAGGAUGGACGCCGCUUCAGCUUGCCGGUCACGGGUACCACGGACAACUGCUUGUUCACCAUCUACCCAUUCCUGGUACUUAACCAGAGCGCCAUCGAGUUCACUUGCCUGGAUGACAAGCCGCCAAUGCUCGUUGUGGAGAAGGACUAUAGUGUUGAGGCUGCAGAAAUGUCAGAGACAGGAGUUGCAGGUCAGUCCUCCAAUCUGCUCAAGUUCCUUAAUGCUCUCGUGUUGAAAGAGCCCCUUUCGGAGAUUCCAGGAGAGCUUCUGAAUACGAAAGGCCGCACUCUCAUCGAGAUUGUCGAGUUUGUAAGCGGGAAGUCAGUUCCUGGCAAGAUCACCAAGUUUUCAGCUAACAAGAAAGAACAGGCUGAGCAACUUUGCACCCUGUAUGAAACAAUUUUGACAUUUUUGAAAUCUCAUGGUGGAUUGCUGAAUGUUGUGAAACCAGAAUUCCUUCUGGGUGCAGAGGACUUUGACAGGGUUCUCUAUCUGAGGGAGCAGAAAAUGAGCAGGAACAGCGCAGCCGUUCGCGAAGAGGGUAGCCCUGUAGCAAAGAUGACAGGGGUCACUGCUAGAAUGUCGACGGGGUUGGGUAUAAGUGCUCCAUCGGGGGCUGGACCAGGAGGGCAACUGACGAUAACAGGUGGAAACAAUCCCAAUAACCUUGCCUUGAUGGCUCAAGACAAGAAUGAUAUCGAACACUGGAAGAAAAUUCGUGAAACUUUCCAUACGAUCUCAGCGAAUGCCUGGCACAUCACCCUCUUUCAGAUCAUUAAGCUGUUUGUCCUGAGCCGUGCAAAUCCGCGCGUGCUAAGUACACUUCCGGGAACACAAGUUGAUGGCGGCGGACUUGCUGGGUUAUCUUCUGUGAGCCCUGUAGCGUCAACAGCGCUGGAGUCACCCUCAUCUCAGCAGCAGCCACGCUCACCCUCGUCUCUUGGAAGCGACAAUGCUGCCACCUGGAGCGAAGGGCAAGCAAGUGCGAAGAAACGACGGCGCGCAGGAGACCCUCUCCUUGUCGGAAGCAACGUGUACAGCGUCCCUGAAAAUGUCCUUCUGAAAUGGCUAACCCUGCAUUUCAAGAAAAUGCUACCGCUGCAAGCUCGGCGUGUGACGAACUUUGAUGCUGAUUUACGCGACGGGCUUGUGUUGUAUUCAGUGCUAGCAUCCCACUGGCCGGCAUUCGCCCCAUUUAUCCAAAAUAUGCACACUACCUUCAAAUCAGCAACUCUGGAAAGCCGCCUUCGUUCCAAUGCCAAGGUUGUCGUUGGAAUAAUCAACCACAUGAAACUUCCCUACGCAAUAACUGAAGAGGAGAUUGUCUUCCCCAGAUCCAGGGAGAUGCUGCUUUUUAUUCUCUUCCUCUUCCAAACUUUGCCUCAGUUCAUUCCAAAGCUGGUGAUCGAUUUUGUUGGAUCUCUUAAGGAAAGGAUUGUGAAGAAGAUUGCACUUACAAACCCCACCUCCAAAACUGUCAUCUACACAGUCAGGCUGGACAGCCCCAAGGAGUUUGAGAUUCAUGAAUCUGUCAUUCGGCUUGAUCCAGCAGCCACGGUGGAUUUCCCAAUAGAAUGUGUGCCUUGUGUCUCAAAGCCAGUAGAAGGCUACGUCAUCUUCCAAUCCAGACGAGAGAGCGGAGCAUUGGCAGCAGCCACCCUGGUCUUCGGCCUCAGGACCCAGGUCCUUUCGAAACGACCUCUGUGCACUCUCAAGAUGGAGACCAGGCUUUAUGAGCAUGUGACUGCUGAGCUGGAGGUGCAAAAUCCUUAUCCCAAUGAUUGUGAGUUCACCGUAAGGUUGGAACAGGCCUUCGAGGGUAUGGGGGGAAGGGGGGGGGUCCGAAGUGUAGGUGGAGCAAGAGGAGGAGGAGGAGGAGGAGGAGGAGGAGGAGGAGGUGUUGGUGCAGGUGGCGGGGGACCGGGGAUGACAUCGGCCGCUCCACAAGGAGGUGGUGGGGGAGGAGGAGGAGGAAAUGUUGUAGCAAGUGCUGGAGUAGGAGCAUCAGCAGCAGAAGCGGGAGGAGGCGGAGGAGGAGGAGGAGGAGGAGGAGGAGGAGGUUCAGGAAUGACCCAGGAUGCUGGCAAUGGUGGUGGCAAGAAGGCUGGUGGGCCUUCGAAUCGCGGGAACCUUUCUGGUGCCCCUACCAAUCCCAACCGUCCUUCAAAGCCCUCAAAUCCUCUGUCAUCCACAGGAGGAAGCAAUGCACAAUUUUCGACUGAGACUCUCCCAAGCAGUGCCAUGUCGGCAUUUCCAGAUGCAUUCGGAUGUGAUCGAGCUUCUGUGCGCCUCAAGGCUGGUGUCGGUGUCACCAAAAUUUGUAUCCAUUUCCUGCCAUUCCAGGUGGGCAACUAUACCUGCAUUGUUGUGCUGGAGGACAAAACAUUUGGAGAGUUUGUUUACAAAGUGGAAGGAGAGGCUAAGCUUCCAUCCCCCAUACAGGCAGGCAGAUUCAUUUGCGAGCUGAGUUCAAGCCCCGUCGCUAGAGAGGUGGUCGUCCUUACAAUGAACAACCAGCUCGAGAGUGCCAAAAGGACAUACCUUGAAAAGCAUCCUCAGUCCCGAACCAAGCUCAUGGCGGACCUUGUGCGCUCCCUGUCCACCUCCACUGCUCCGUUGAAAUACAGUGUCGAAUGCAGCAACCAUGCCGUAUCCGUUCCAGCAGAGUUUACCCUCACUCCGACCACCAAGAAUGCUAGGCUGUCCCUUCAAACUGGCCUCGCAUCUCACACCUCUGAGCCCAUCAACACUAUCAUCCCCACAUUCACUCCUCGAACCCCGGGCAACGUGUUCGUUCGUUUGGUGUUGACGUCAGCUGUCGAUGUGCGGGUCUACGACCUGGAGUAUUCUAUCACCGUCCCAGCAGUUUCAGCAGUUUUGGAGUUUGAAUGCCCAGUGAGGCAGCGAAUAACUCAGGACAUUCCACUGAUCAACACUGCCGACAGACCGGUGCAUGUGAAAGCGGUGCUGAUGGGGGAGAGCUUCUCGGGGCCCAAGGAGUUAACCGUGCCUGCAAAGUCCUCAGCCAAUUUUCCACUCGUCUUUCAUCCUCUUGUGAUGGGAGAAUCAUCCGGAGAGCUGCAGCUGCACAUUGGAACAGCAGGAGACAAGAAUGUUUACACACUGAGAGGUGUGGCAGCACUGCCUCUGGCAGAGGCCCACGUGUCCAUCGAAUGCAAGGCGGGAGGCCAGUUGCAACGAGUCUUGCGGGUACCUAACCCAACCGAGAGGGAUAUUGUCUACAUGGUGCAAUCUGACGUCCCAGCGAUCAGCGGUGAGGAGACGUGUUACGUCCGAGGUGGCAGCACAGCCGACUACAAGCUGAUGGUGGCUCCACGGCUGGCGGGAACUGUUUCAGGGUCCAUCAGGUUUACUUCGUCCCCUGGAGGAGAACAUUCCAUCUGGUUCACAGUUGAGCUCAGGUCCACAACUCCUGAACCAGUGGAACAGAUUUCGGUCCAGGCGGAGGUUCGUCGCCCCGUUGCCAUUGAGAUCCCCGUCAUCAACCCUCUUCCGCAUCCUGUUCUGUUCCAGGUUGUCCAUUCUGGCAAAGGUUUGAGCGGAGAUCGGACCAUGGCCUUGGCCGCCAACAGCUCUCAACCGUACCAGCUGGUCUAUCUGCCUCUGUUCCCAGGCACACAUUCUGGGUCCAUUCACUUCUGGAAUGAAGAGGUCGGGGAGAACUGGUACCAGCUGGAACUCGUUGUCAACGAACCUCCUCCUGUCGUCAUUCCCCCAAUGACCUGCGAGCUUGGUGCCACGUGUUCGCACGACAUCACUGUCGUUAAUCCGUUGACCAUUGAGACGGCAUUACGGUCCACGUCCAGCAACUUCCACAACUUUGCGGUGAUACCCUCUGCGCUCAGCUUGCCCGCCUUGGGCUCUGCCACUGCCAGGAUCGACUACUCCCCGUCGUCAAUUGGCCAGGAAGAAACGGCGCUGAUCGAACUGGUCAGCCCUCAUGUCGGGCGAUGGCGAUUUGUGUGCUCUGGAAAGGGUACCGAGCCGUCAUUGAUGCCCACGGUCACGAUUUGCGGGCCGUUAGGACAGAUAUCGACCGCCAUGCUCCCCUUUCGGAACCCCUUCCACGUGCCCAUCGUGGUGUCCGUCCACCUGGAGACCACUGCGCCGACUGGCAUCUUCUCAGUUCUCCUGAAGAAGGAUCACGGUCAGUGGCUCAGUGCCACAUCAUUGCUUCAGAUCCCUGUCACCUUCCGACCGAUCCACAUGGCCGAUCAUCGGGCCACCGUCGUGGUUCAAAUGAACGGAGAUGCGGGGCUGACCUGGCGUUAUCCCAUCGAAGGUAUAGCCGAGGCGCGAGUGUCCAACGUGUCAUUCAAGUACACAUGUAAGGCACGGAGGACUGUCACAGAGGUUCUCGAGGUGGUUUUGACCGGGAUCGGGACCUUGGCCAAGCCAGAGAAGUUCACCCACGAGGUGGUUAUCUCGGAGAAAGACAGACUGGCAGUCAUGAGGUCGCUCAAGAUCACCAGCUUGCAAAAGUUUAUUUCGGAUCCAGAUGAACCCUUGCAAUUCCAAGUGGAAUUCUCACCGAUGAAAGUGUUAGCAACGGCAGUGGACUUUGUUAUUGCAAAGGAAUCAGGUGGUCGAUGGCAUUUCGAGGUUGAGCUUGAGGCGACCGAGCCGGACAUAGAUGGCAGGAUUACGCUGGAGGGUGUUGUUGGGAAGACACACACCGCUUCAUUUGAGCUGCCGUAUAUGCCGUCCAGACCCUGCCCAUUCAAAGCAUUCUUCAGCACAGAGUCUCCUCUUGAGUUCGAAGUGUUUCCGACAUCAGGGAUGUUGAAUCCUGUCAGACAAGUUAUCAACAACAAGGAGGUGAUUAAGGGGCAGGAGUUCCUCCUCUCCUUCUCUCCCAAGAGCUAUGGCAAGAUCCUCGUGGGACGUCUCGUUAUCCAGACUGAUGAAAUGGAAUGGGUAUUCGAGGAAAGGCUGCUAGGGGAGGUGGUACCCGCAUCCCCCCCUAGCAGGUUUCCUAGUUGCUCCAAUCUAAUGGUGGGGAGAAUAGAGGGAACCUAUUAGAUAUUAGAUUUUCUGAUUCCCCCCCACCCACACCCCCCUAAAUAAAUUGUAGCAAAGAGA